AUGAGUUUCAGCGGGCUACGGAGUAUUGCUCCGGCUACCAAAUCAAUCCGCUCAUUUAGAAAUCAGAAGCGGCCGUUUUCAUGCAGUCGACCUGCAGCUCGAAUUAUUGCCAGUCAACCCCUUCGUGCUAAAGAAGCUUCUCCCUUUCUCACCACAAAAUACCCUGUGAUCGACCAUGAGUACGACGCUGUUGUUGUGGGUGCGGGAGGCGCCGGCCUACGAGCUGCUUUCGGCCUUGCAGAAGCUGGAUUCAACACUGCCUGUGUGACAAAAUUGUUCCCUACAAGAAGCCAUACGGUCGCUGCACAAGGCGGAAUCAAUGCUGCGCUUGGAAACAUGCACGAAGAUGAUUGGAGAUGGCACAUGUAUGACACUGUAAAAGGAUCUGACUGGCUCGGUGAUCAAGAUGCGAUUCAUUACAUGACCAGAGAGGCACCCCAGAGUGUCAUUGAGCUUGAGGGUUAUGGCUGCCCAUUUUCGAGAACAGAGGAUGGUCGAAUCUACCAACGAGCUUUUGGCGGCCAAUCGAAGGAUUUUGGCAAAGGUGGUCAAGCCUAUCGAUGCUGCGCCGCUGCCGACAGAACUGGUCACGCUCUUCUUCAUACCCUGUAUGGCCAGUCCCUUAGGUACAACGCAAACUACUUCAUUGAAUACUUUGCCAUGGAUCUUUUGAUGGAAGAUGGAGAAUGCAAGGGCAUUCUUGCCUACAACCAGGAAGACGGAACCCUCCACCGAUUUAAAGCCCACCACACCGUCCUGGCUACAGGUGGCUACGGACGUGCCUAUUUUAGUUGCACUUCCGCGCAUACCUGCACAGGCGAUGGUAUGGCUAUGGUUGCACGUGCUGGCCUACCCAACCAAGAUUUGGAAUUCGUGCAAUUCCACCCUACCGGUAUUUAUGGUGCCGGCUGCCUGAUCACUGAAGGUUCUCGAGGCGAGGGCGGCUACCUCCUCAACUCCAAUGGUGAACGAUUCAUGGAACGAUAUGCAGCUACUGCCAAGGAUCUUGCUAGUCGAGAUGUCGUCUCUCGAUCUAUGACCCUCGAAAUCCGUGAGGGCCGCGGUGUUGGCCCCGAAAAAGAUCACAUUUAUCUCCAACUCAGCCACCUGCCUGCCGAAAUUCUUCAUGAACGUCUCCCAGGUAUUUCCGAAACGGCUUCUAUUUUUGCUGGUGUUGAUGUUACCAAACAACCAAUUCCAGUGCUGCCAACUGUUCACUACAACAUGGGCGGUAUUCCUACUCGCUACACAGGCGAGGUAUUGACGAUCGACGAAAAAGGCAAUGACAAGAUCGUCCCUGGUCUCUAUGCUUGUGGUGAAGCCGCUUGUGUCUCGGUCCACGGCGCCAACCGCCUUGGGGCCAACUCUCUUCUUGAUCUUAUCGUGUUUGGCCGUGCUGUUUCCCAUACCAUUCGUGACAAUUCUACGCCACAGAAACCCCACAAGGAGAUUAGUGCCGAUGCCGGUGCUGAUUCUAUUCGUGUUCUUGACCAGGUUAGAACCGCUGACGGUCCAAAGUCAACUUUCGACAUCAGAAACGCUAUGCAGAGAACUAUGCAAACGGAUGUUAGUGUUUUCCGUACACAAGCAAGUUUGGAUGAUGGCGUGAGAAAGAUCACCGAAAUCGAUCAAACAUUCAGCCAAGUUGGUACCAAAGAUCGCAGCAUGAUUUGGAACUCGGAUCUUGUUGAGACUCUUGAGCUGAGGAAUCUGUUGACUUGCGCGACUCAAACAGCCGUUGCUGCUGCUAAUCGAAAGGAAUCUCGCGGCGCCCAUGCUCGAGAAGAUUACCCUAAGCGCGACGACCAACAAUGGAUGAAACACACCCUUACAUUCCAGAAGGAGCCCCAUGGCAAGAUCGAUUUAACUUACCGAGCGGUGACGAGUACCACCUUGGACGAAAACGAAUGCAAGCCAGUGCCCCCGUUCGAACGCACAUACUAG